UGAUAGCACUGCGAUGAGAGGCGAUUAUAACGCAUAAGAGGGGGAAGGGGAGAUCAGAGAGAACGAGGGAGCAAAAGAGAGCGGUACCACGGGUACUUCGUGCCGGUGGUCCGCCGCGCGAGCGACGACGCUGCUCGCGAUAAUGCAAUAGUGUUGGUCCACACGUUUAGCGGCUAAGCACAGUUGAUAAAAGAUAGCAAUUGUACCGAAGACAAGUCAGUACUCACCCUGCUGCUGCUGAUCGACGGAUCCAUUCGAUUUCGUCGAUCCUGAGUGUAUAGACGGGGGUUGGAUCCGACAACGCAGCUCCUUUGCAUCGUUUCGGUGAAGGUCCUUGUGUGUUGAAAUAUAAUAUAUUUUGUGCGAUUAUAUUUGCAUAAAUCAAUAUGAGAAAUAUGAGAAAGUGUUUUUCAUUGUGAAUUCAUCUUUGGAAGAAACUUCGUUUUCAAAUAUCGGGAAAAUUUGUUUUUUUCACGCAGAGCGCUGAAGAAAUUACCUAAGAACGCAAAAGUAUACAAGAUAAAUAUUUUUAAUCCAUCGAGAGCAUGCAGUUAUGUGAAUAUGAGUGUGUCAAAAUGACAAUGACAAAAGCUGAUCUUGACAAAUAAAUCGAACUAAGACCAAGAGCCAGACAUUUUCGGAGAAUGUCAGGAAGAAAACGUCGAAUGCAUUUAGACAUGUUGCGUUUCGUUUUUUUAAAUUGAUUACGCAUUUUUCUUUUCUUCUUAGUCUCUCUUUCUUACUUACAUGAUAGUUGAUAAUUUCGAAACCAUGCAGAAUGACCAGCGGUGCGACCACUAAAUUCGAUCUGGAUUGGAUAAAAAUGGUCGAGUUGCGAGCGGCUAGUGUCGGGAUGACCGGGGGCCUAGACAGGAGAUCCUCAAAUCGUCUGCACUACGCCAUCCUGACGAUCCUGGACACAAUAUUCUCCGCGUUUAUAGUCGCGCCUGCGGUGGUCGGUUACUGGCGUGGCACCUGGGAGCUCAGCGACUUCUAUGUCUAUCCAAACGAGCCAGUGUUCAGCAGCUUCGCAUCGAUCACGAUCGGUUUCACCGGUAUCUUCGUCUUCAACGUGCUGCAACAUAGUCUGGUCGACAUCCUCCAUCCAGACAAACAUCGACUGUCUUAUUAUCUCGGCUCACGGCUCUAUACCAGCAUCUUCGGUCUAUGUUGCGUGAAUGCUUGGCGCGGUAUCUUUAAGGCCCUGGACAUCUACACGGAGCAGACGCCCGGCACCAUCGUCGCCAUAACCGUCGUCAGUCUCCUCGCACUCGGUAUCAUGCGCGCGAUCCGCAACGUGUCCGCGCCACCGUUUUCGCUUGUUCUCGACUCGUGUCCGGGUUACUUCGAAGUACAAACUAUGUUCCGCGUCAACAAUACAAGGGACUGGUCAUUGUACUUACUGGAUUGUGCCUUUAGCGUCGGUGUUGUUGGCACGUUGGUUGCUUUCGUCUGGAGAGGUUUUUGGAUCCUCUUCGAUAUUUAUCUAUUUCCGGAAAAUCCCAAAUAUUCUGCCAUUGGCUCACUGGCUAUCGGCUAUUUUAUAGUCGCCGUGACGUUUUGUCUGCAACCGAUGAUGCGAUAUGUUUGCGCGCGUCUUCAGGGUCUGGUUCUCUUAAUAAUCGCAGACGCUUUUCUCCUUCUGAGCUUCCUGGGGACUGUGAAUGUCUGGCGCGGCAUAUGGAAUGCGCUUGAUCUAUGGCUGUUGCCGGAUAAUCCGGAAUUAUCUUGCUGGAUCACCCACAUCGGCUGUUUCGUUUUUCUCGUCCUCCUUAAUUGUAGCAACACCAUUCUUGUACGUGGCGUUUACAUCGAUGCUGAGGAAGAGGCAGGGAAGUGCGUCGUAUUUCCGUGUCACUAUCUUCGAUUAUUCUUCAAGAUCGAACGCGAAAAGAAGCAAGCAAGACAGCAAAAGCUGCUGGUGGCCUCCCAAGAUUUCAAUGGCCAUACCGAUGUAAACGAAAAGGACAGCGAGACUGGAACUUUCCUGCCAAAUAAUACCGCGAUAACGAUUAUACCAGCGAAUGCGGACUCUCCUCUCGCAUAAAUGAUGCGAGAAGUCGAUCUGUCGUAGAUGAGAUAAUUCGAAUGAAGGAGGAUGGUUUGCCGUGUACGAGUUCAAUCGUGCAAAGAAGUGAUUCGCAUUUGGCAAAUGUUUGUGUGAGACAGUGUUUCUUUCCAAAUUGAACUUUCAUCCCCUCACUUUGUGUAUCCAUCCUCAAGACGUUAUCUCCUAAAAAAGCGCGAUAAUCCCUUUAAUCGUGACCCUAAACAGAACUGGAGUACCAAGAAGUAGUGAGUUAUAAAGAUACCUUGACUAGUGAUAUACGCAGCAGAAAAAAACGAUUGGAAGGCUGUGAAAUGAACAAUAUAUUUGCAGUAAUAUUUGCAGAAAAUUUUGCAGUGUAUAGUAAUAUAUGAUGUGCAAAUGCCAUAGGAAUGACAAAAAUUAGAAUCUUGAAAGUAGGAUUAAAUGCCGUGCAUUUCGCCUUUAAAAAUCGUUCGUAUAGUUAUAACUAUAUCCGAAGAAAAACUAAUGUGCAAUAUAUAUAUAUAAUAUAUAUAUAAAAGAAAAGACUAUUUAUAUAUUUAUUUAAAAAUGUUGUGCAUAAAGAAAUUGAUCCAUAUAGAGAUACUUAUUGAAUAAAUCGAGUAUUAAUGUUAA